AUGAUAUGGAGGGGAUUGGAACACCUGAAUCACAUGAUUUGGAGGGGAUUGGAACGCCUUAAUCACAUGAUAUGGAGGGGAUUGGAACACCUGAAUCACAUGAUAUGGAGGGGAUUGGAACACCUGAAUCACAUGAUAUGGAGGGGAUUGGAACACCUGAAUCACAUGAUAUGGAGGGGAUUGGAACACCUGAACCUCAUGAUAUGGAGGGGAUUGGAACGCCUGAAUCACAUGAUAUGGAGGGGAUUGGAACACCUGAAUCACAUGAUAUGGAGGGGAUUGGAACACCUGAAUAACAUGAUAUGGAGGGGAUUGGAACACCUGAAUCACAUGAUUGGAGGGGAUUGGAACACCUGAAUCACAUGAUAUGGAGGGGAUUGGAACACCUGAAUCACAUGAUUUAGAGGGGAUUGGAACACCUGAAUCACAUGAUAUGGAGGGGAUUGGAACGCCUGAAUCACAUGAUUGGGAGGGGAUUGGAACACCUGAAUCACAUGAUAUGGAGGGGAUUGGAACACCUGAAUCACAUGAUAUGGAGGGGA